UUCCUGGGGGCCCGGGUGGGGAGAGCGAGCUGGGCGCCCCCCGGAUCCCCCACCCCCGGCACCCCAUGCGCCGAGCCUCGGCCCCAUGGAGCCCGGCGAUUAUGCCACCCUGGACGGGGCCAAGGCCAUGGAAGGCUUGCCCGGAGCCGGAGGGAGCCGGAAUCUAGCCGCCCGCUCCCCCCUUCCCAGCCACCCCGCCGCCGCCGGGGCGCCUCCGCUGCUGCCCGCCGCCGUCAGCUAUGCCCCCCUGGACCUGCCGGGCUCUGCGGAACCGCCAAAGCAGUGCCACCCGUGCCCCGGGGUGCCCCAGGGGACGGCCCCCGCUGCGGUGCCCUAUGGCUACUUUGGAGGCGGGUACUAUUCCUGCCGGGUGUCCCGGAGCUCGCUGAAGCCCUGUGCCCAGGCGGCCACCCUCGCUGCCUACCCCGCCGAGACCGCCGCGCCCGGGGAGGAGUACCCCAGCCGGCCCACCGAGUUUGCCUUCUAUCCGGGGUACCCAGGACCCUACCAGCCAAUGGCCAGUUACCUGGAUGUGUCGGUGGUGCAGACUCUGGGCGCCCCGGGGGAGCCCCGCCACGACUCCCUGCUGCCUGUGGACAGUUACCAGCCCUGGGCCCUCACCGGGGGCUGGAAUGGCCAGAUGUGUUGCCAGGGGGAACAGAACCCACCGGGUCCCUUCUGGAAGGCGGCAUUUGCAGAGUCAGGCGUGCAGCACCCUCCAGAUGGCUGCGCCUUCCUACGUGGCCGAAAGAAGCGCAUUCCUUACAGCAAGGGCCAGUUGCGGGAGCUGGAGCUGGAGUAUUCAGCGAACAAGUUCAUCACCAAGGACAAGAGGCGCAAGAUCUCGGCAGCCACCAGCCUCUCAGAGCGCCAGAUCACCAUCUGGUUUCAGAACCGCCGGGUUAAGGAGAAGAAAGUCCUGGCCAAGGUCAAGACCACCACUAAUCCGUGAGGGAGAUCCCUGGCUGGGGAGGUGGGGGAGAAGUGGGAG